AUGAUAACGAUAGCGUGUCUCACGUUACACCACUACAGCUAUGAUUUGACAGACAUACCCACACUUAUGCUUUGCUCUGGGACGUAUGUUGGCUAUAUUGUAGUGCUCUCUGGGGAAAUCGUGGGAGAGAUUCUCUUAGCGCCAUUGGACUUAGUGCAGGAUAUGUACUUUGGUUUGCUCGGCAUGGGCUUGUUCGCUGUUAGUGGGGGCUUGGUUCUAUCUGCCAGGACUAAAACCACCUUAAUCCCUCGCACCGGGGACCACAAUGUCGCCCUCUUCGCUGGCUCUUUAGCUGCACUAAAUGCGAUUGUAAUGCUUUUCGACUUGAGUCUUGCUUAUUUGGAUUCAGAACAAUAUGACGAUGACGCUAGUGUAGAGAAUUUCUCCUUACCCUGGGGUAUAGGUGAAGCGGUGUCCGCAUCAGCAGAUGCGUACAUAGAUGCGUGGUGGUCAGCCAUCGGAGGUUUGCUCUUCGGUGCCUGUGGUGCCCUCACAUUGCAUGGCUGGAAAGAUGUCCCUUUUUGCCAACGGAAGAACCAUGCCCAGGCAGCUGCAGUAUGCUCCUUAGCAGCAGCAGCCCUGAUGUCCAUUGACGCACUUAUGGCGCUCUGCUCUGCAAAUAAAGACGAUAUAAGCACCCGCUCUAAGUCCACUAGACGCGCUAGUCCAUAA